GUCUGGAGGAGGGAAGAGGCUCUGCGAGGCCGCGCUCCGUGCCGGGCGCCCAUCUCCUUUCAGUGGCACGCCAUGGAUACGACCGGCCACAGCGUCCUCCUCCUCCAGCAGCUGAACAUGCAGCGGGAGUUUGGCUUUCUGUGUGACUGCACAGUUGCCAUUGGUGAUGUUUACUUCAAAGCCCACAGAGCGGUGCUCGCUGCUUUUUCAAACUAUUUUAAGAUGAUAUUUAUUCAUCAGACGAGUGAAUGCAUAAAGAUUCAGCCUACAGACAUCCAGCCUGACAUAUUUAGUUACUUGUUGCAUAUCAUGUACACUGGGAAAGGGCCAAAGCAGACCGUCAGCCAGAGCCGACUGGAGGAGGGCAUCCGCUUUCUCCACGCAGACCACCUCUCCCAUAUCGCCAUCGAGAUGAACCAAGUGUUCUCCCCAGAGCCGGUCCAGUCUUCAAACUUAUACGGCAUCCAGAUCUCAACCGCACACAAGCCGGCGAAGGAGCGCCUGGGGACGAAGGAGAUCCUGAAGCUCUCAGUCUCCAUAAAGCAGGAGAGGUGCGACUCGGAGCCUGUGGUGUCCCAGAGCUGCACCCCUCCUUCUCCGGAGGUAGCAAGCCCCAUCUUUGCUAAGGCCAGCCUCAAGGUGCACUUGUGUCACUACUGCGGGGAGCGUUUCGACUCCCGGGGGGGGCUGCGGGAGCACUUGCACACCCACGUCUCGGGCUCGCUGCCGUUCGGCGUGCCGGCCUCCAUCCUGGAGAGCAGCGACCUGGGGGAGGUGCAGCCUCUGGCUGAGGACAGGGAGGCUGGGGAUGGCCACCGGCUCGGGGCCUUCCUCCUCAAGGAGGGCGAGCAUCAGCUGGAGCGUCUGAGCUGCAGCGACCUGGAGCCGCUGCAGAUCGGCCAGCUCUCCCUCAUCUCCAAGGACCACGAACCGGUAGAGUUGAACUGUAACUUCUCUUUCUCGAGAAAGAGAAAAAUCAGUUGCACUGUCUGCGGCCGCACGUUUUUCCGGAAGAGCCAGCUGCUCGAACACAUGUACACACACAGGGGGAAGCAGCACAAAUACAGCCGCUGCCAGCGGCUGGGGGGGCCCCGGGCCCCCAGGUUUCAUCCUUACUGUGACAGCGAGAGCAUGGGGAAAAGCUCCAGUUUAUCCCAAGACCACUUAGCUGAAUGCAUACUGGAGUCAGAUCUCAUCCAAGAAAGCGUUGAUACGAUCCUGGUAGAGUAGUUCUCCCCCAGUGUAGCCUUUAGGUGCUGAAACUGGAUAUUUUGGCAUUUUCUGUCUAGUGAGUGGCUGCUCUCUGCAGCUGAUUGUCUUCGCCAUUCCCAUCGCCUCCGAGAUAACUGUGAAGAACUGCGCACUUAGAUUCGUGUACUUGCUUGGUUUUUUUACUUCUCUAGCUUAAACUCAAGCUAAUUCCCAUCUUAAGUCCUUGGAAACCUCUGUGUAGCUCAGUUACAUUUUUCAUAAAUGUAAACUUCUGCUCUGCUUUUCUAGAGUUAAGACUGUGUUGCUGGGUGUGAGGUUUAAACAUUGUCUAAUACGCUGCGCGGUGCCUAGGACUGUUUGUAUCCCGUAGAAUUGCUCUUCUGAAACUAGAUG